AUGUCCGAGUAUGGCGCUAUAAACUACGGUGAUAUUUCUACUUAUUUAUCUAAUAAACAAUCGAAAUUAAAUAAUCAAAAUGACAAGGAUUUCACUGUCAAAUCAAAUCUCUUUUCUGGCUUGAAGUUGCAUGUUAACGGAUAUACCAACCCUUCUCUCUCCCAACUACGCAGAAUUAUCAUCGAAAAUGGCGGCGUCUAUCUCCACUAUCUCAACAACAAAUCAGACGUCACUCACAUCAUCUCAAACAAUCUCACUCCCAGGAAAAUUAUUCAAUUUAAAAACAUCAAAUGUUGUACCCCAAAGUGGCUGCUAGACUCUCUCUCUCACAGAUCUCUCCUCCCGUGGCAAAAUUACAUGCUAAUCUCUGACCACUCUCAGAGGAAAAUUUUCACUAACAACUCUCCCAACAAACACACUGAAUCCUUACUGCAAUCUGAACAGUGGAGACAGCAAAACACGGCUCAAUCUGAUAGCUUUCUUGAAUCGUAUUACUCAAACUCACGCCUACACUUUCUAAGCUCGGGUAAGGCUUCUUUGAAGGAGCUGGUGGGGUGUGCGCAGCGCAGUGUCGAUGAGGGUGGUGAAACAGUGCAAGCGGAAGGUGAUCAGGGUACACAACACACACACGACACCCACCAAUCUCGCACAAUCUUCCACGUAGACAUGGACUCCUUCUUCGUUUCAGCCUCUCUCUCUCUCCCAAAGCACUCUCAUCUGCGCGAGUCUCCUGUAGCGAUAUCCCACUCCUCCUCUUCCUCCCACGCCUCCACUUCCGAACUAGCCAGCGUCAACUACAAAGCGCGUGAGCGUGGCGUGCGCAACGGGAUGGUAAAGUCGACUGCUCUGGCACUAUGUCCCACGCUCAUCACCCUUCCCUACGACUUCACGCUCUACAAUGCCAUUACGGUGCAGUUAUACACGAUCCUCUUGCGCAACUGUGCGCGUGUCGAGGCGGUGUCUGUGGACGAGGCGCUGCUGGAGAUGGAGGUGAAGGUGGUUGAGGGCGGGAGAGAAAAUGGGAGCGGGAUUGCGCCUUCACAUUUACCCACCGCCCACUCCGUAGCUAUCAAAAUACGCGCAGAGAUACAGUCCCUGACACGGUGCACGGCCAGCGUCGGUAUCGGGAGCAGUAUUCUCCUCGCGAAGCUCGCCACAAGACAAGCUAAACCUAACGGUAUUUUCCAUCUGCAUGACCAUCUUGCCACCAAUUUCCUUGCUCCUCUCCCCUUCGAUGCCCUGCCUGGGGUCGGUGGCGAGACAGCGCGCAAGCUGCAGGCGCUCAACGCAGAAACUAUCGGUGAUCUGCUUGCACGAGUGCGCUUGGGGGAUGUCCAGCGGGUGCUUGGGCAGAAGAAAGGUGAAAUGAUCUGGAACUAUGCACAUGGAAUAGAUACCCGCCCUCUAAAACUGGCGAAUGAGACACACAACCAUAAAAGACAGUCCGUCAGCGCUGAAGUGAAUUACGGGAUCCGGUUCGAGGGUGUGGAUGAAACGCGGCGAUUUUUCACUAACCUCGCUAAUGAGCUGGGUAGACGACUUAAAGCAAACAAGUGCAGAGGCGGACAGUUGACAGUUAAGCUCAUGGUGCGCAGUAAGGACGCCCCUAAGGAACCUGCUAAGUUUCUCGGUCAUGGUGUUGUCGAUAAUCUCAGUAGGAGCGCUCCUCUCGCUUCUGGUAACAAGGCAGAUGUGGGUGCGGGUCGGAGCGGGAAGGGGAAUGCGGACUGUACUGAUGAUCCUGCCAUCAUCGCUCAGUGCGCUUGGCAUAUCUUCUCUUCCCUUGCCAUAGACGUCCGAGAACUCAGAGGUGUCGGCUUUCAAGUGGGUAAAUUGUUCCACGAUGGUGUGGAUGAUGCUAGUCGUAAAAAGGAAAUUGUAAUUGAAAGAAAUAAAGACAAGGAGACGGAGAAAGGAAAAGGGAAAGAAGGGAUUGAGAGCUUUUUCAAGAAACCUUCACAUAGGAGCUCGGCAAUCGCACAACCUAGCACCAGCUCCACCAGCAGCAGCGCCAGCACGAAAACUAACGCUGCUAGUGACGUGAUAGAUAUAUCGAGUGACGUGGAUGAAUCGAGCUCAGAUAACCUGGGCCAAUUGCAAGUACCAAAAUUGCACACGCCACACACAUCACACACUCCGCACUCUCGACAUAUUCCCUCCUCCACAUUCACAUCCACAUCCGACGAUAGCAUAAAUAGCACAACUACAAUGCCGACUCAGGCUGAUCGCACUGUUUGGAAGGCUAUCCCGCGCAGUAUCCGCAAGGAGGUCCUAGACGAGCGUGCACGGGUGCAAAAUGCCCUACGCACGCCCUUCAAGGUUCCUUUUAAGAGGGGUGAGAAGGGGGAAAAAGGGGAAAAGGAGAAGGCGUUAGCGCAAGAGAAAAAGAAGAAAAGAGAGAAGAAAAUGGAAAUGGAGCAAGGGAAGGAGAAAGCACAAACAGAUGUAGGCAGGAGUGACAGUGGUGAUGACGAUGAUGAUAUGGCUCAAGCUGUGUCAGUGAAUCAUCCUAGUCUUGAUCCUGAUCCUGAUCUUGAGCAACACCGCCGCGUUGGUAGUGACAAACACAUUCACCACAACAGUGACCUUAGCAAUUACAACAAUCUCAUGCCCACACCCACGUCAUCGGUAUACAUGUUGCCUUCGCAAGCCGAUCCGAGCGUCUGGCGCGCGCUGCCGUCGUCUAUCCGCAACGAAGUCCUCAGUGACCGCCAAGCACUAUCGCGCGCGACGAACAAGCGUGUACGGGUGCAUGUGUCGCCGGAAGCAGGGGUGGAAGGAGAAGGAGAAGCAGCUUCAAACUCAUACUCAACUUCCACACCGUCAUCCGACCGCACCGCGCACACACAGCACUCAUCGCACACCCCCCUUCUCACACCCUCCGUGCACCUCAAACCGACGCAGGCGGAUGCAGAGGUGUGGCGUGCGUUGCCGUCAACCAUCCGCAAGGAAAUUUUGGGGGAGCGAAAAGAGCAGGAAAAAGAGAAGCAGAAGCAGAAGGAGCAAACCACUAGCAUCGCCUCAGAUACCCUUCCUUCACCCUCCCUCAUCGCACCUAACAGCCAGAUAGACGGCGCGGUGUGGCGUGAGCUGCCGCCGAGUGUACGGCGCAACCUGUUUGAGGAGAUGAGAGAGGAGCGUGGGGAGGGAAGGGGGCGAGAGGAGCAAGAAAAGCGAGAUCAGGAGAAACAGAGAAAGAAGCAGAGAAUGGAAAAGACGCAUAACACCCAUACAGAACAACCAACCAUAACACACAAAUCUAAUAUGAAAGCUCAGCGCUCAAAAGCUGCAGUACUGAUGCACAGGGUUGAUAUGGGGGACAUAGUGAGCGUGGUAGAGCAGUGGCUGGACACGUUCCACACUCAGGGCCCGCUUGCGCGUGACGUAGAUAGGAUAAAGCUGUACAUGCAGAAAUCGUUGACAGAGGAUACGGAGGGGAUGGCCAAGACGCGCGUGCUGCUGAAGAUGUGGAAGCGGAAGCAGGCUGAGUGGGUUUAUGGCUCGGAAGUAGAUGCAGUGGCAGUGGACUCUCUAUGGCAACACGCCUUUGACGACGUCAAGCAGUGCGUAGAUGAGAUUGUCAUGUCCAAGUGGGGAUGUCGGCUGAGUGUGAAGUGA